AUGAUGAUGGCACCAAACCAACUGGAAAGCUUUUGGGAGAAGCUGCCCUCAAUGCAAAUGAUUGAUGACUGGGUACACAACCAAAACUAUUCCCUCGAUGUCGUCCUCAUUGAUGACUCCCUCGUUGAACACAUGGAAGGAAAGGAACUAGGAAAGGAACAAACGAGCUUACGAAGGGAUCAUGACGUUUUUGAUCAACUAUUCAAUAAGAGCGAUGGAGGUGCACUCGAUGGACUUGCCCUGGGAAUUGGAGGAGAUCGUUGUGCCAACCUACUCUAUCGUCUCACCAACGGAGAAUUGACCAAGGCGUUUAAUCCCAAAGUAUGGUGGAUCGUCGUGGGAACAGAAGACUGGGAGUUUGGAUCCACUCCAGCGGCCAUUCUUGCCGGAGUCAUUGCCAUUGUCAAUGCAAUUCGUAGUGUGCACCCUGACACCCAAAUCGUCAUUAACAGCUUGCUCCCGCAUCAAGUCAACGACGAGUCCAUUCGGCAAGUCAAUCUAAUGUUGGGCUGCUAA